GGCGGCACCAUGGCCCUCAACGCGGACGGGCAGCUGGAGAAGGCGCUGGCGGGCUCCCCGCCGCCGCCCGCCGCCUCGCAGGAGACGGAGCUGCUGCUGCGGGGCGGCCCGUCGCCCGCCAAGCCCUGCGCGGGCGAGGACGGGGCGGCGGCCGUCGGGGCGGCGGCGGCGGCGGCGGCGGAGCGCAACGGCCACGGCCUGCUCUACCGAGCCGGCUCGGAGGGGCCGCUGGAGACCACGUCGCUCUCCCCGUCGCGGCUCAGCCUGGGGCGCGCCUCGUCCACCGCCACCACCUCCAACCUGCACGAGGCCGGGCGCUCGCCGGACUACCUGCCGCUGGCCAUCUGCUCCUGCUUCUGCCCCAUCUGGCCCGUCAACAUCCUGGCCCUGGUCUUCUCCAUCAUGUCGAGGAACAGCAAUCUGCAAGGGGACGUGGACGGAGCCCGGCGUCUGGGGCGUGUGGCCAGGUUCCUCAGUAUCCUGUCCAUUGUGCUGGGCUCGGUCAUCAUCGUCAUCUGUGCACUAAACAUUGCAGGUGUCUUCAAGCGAAACUAGCAUGGAUCAAGGUCUGCAAAACCAGAUGUGAGCUUUCACCUGCCCAGGAAACCACUCCGUAUGUCUGCGUGGUGGUGGUGGUGUCCGAAGUGACUUUUUCAGCAGGAGAGCUGGCGCACGGGGCGCUCUUGCAUCCUCCGGUGGACUUCUGGAGCACCAUGGUCGCAUUUCUGGAGGGCACUGAGCCGUCAAGGCAGGGAGGUCUUCUCCUGCCCACCGCGGGAACAUGCUGCCUCCUUGUGUGCCUCCCCCAAAGAUGAGGAUUGCCCCACGGAAGGGAGGGAGGCCA